CAGGUGCUCGGCGUCCGUCCGCCACUCCCGCGAGUGUCCGCCGCUCCUAAGUGUCCGCUGCUGUUUCGGGACCGCCGCCCGCUGCCGAGAUGAUGUGCGGUGCGCCCUCCGCCACGCAGCCGGCCACGGCCGAGAUCCAGGCCGUCGCCGACCAGGUGAAGGCACAGCUGGAGGAGAAGGAGAAUAAGAAGUUCUCCCUGUUUAAGGCUGUGGAGUUCAAGAGCCAGGUGGUCGCCGGCAGGAACUUCUUCAUCAAGGUUCAGGUUGACGAUGAGGAGUUCGUGCACCUUCGAGUAUUUGAGAGCCUCCCACACGAAAACAAGCCCCCGGCCUUGGCCAGCUACCAGACCAACAAAGCCAGGCACGACGAGCUGUCCUACUUCUAGUCCCGGAUUCUGACAGCCUGCCGCCCGCUGGCCCUCUCCUCUGCGGGCGUGUGCCUGGGCCGCUGCCCCUCGGGGUGGGGGCGGGCUGCCCCUGGGCCUCUGUUCCUCACUUCCAUCAUGUGCUUUUUCCUGCCAGUCAAUGAUCUUAACUAAAUUGCUUUCAAGGACAGCUUGUGUUACCUUUAAAUAUAUAUCUUUUCGGUCUUUUUGAGCA